AUGACCAAAUUCCCAAAGAGCGUCCUCGAAGAAAGACGAGCUGCUAGCUUGAAGCUGCUCGAAGCUCUUGAUGCUUUUGAGAAGGUGGAGCAUGGAGAAGACUCGGUUCCCAUGCCUCGACGCGGCAAGAAAGGCAAUGAUAUCCUUGGACCACAGAACCCAGACCGCAUGCGUCAGGAACCAGACACUGUAUGCCCUCCGGAAACCGACCAUGGCAAGAUGCCCAACAUGAAGUGGUCCUUCACAGACUCGCACGUCCGUCUUGAAGAAGGCGGCUGGGCAAGAGAAACCACCGUCCGCGAACUCCCCACCUCCAAAGAACUCGCAGGCGUAAACAUGCGCCUCGGUCCCGGCGUCUACCGCGAACUUCACUGGCACAACGAAUCCGAAUGGGCAUACAUCAUCAAAGGCACCUGCCGCAUCAGUGUCCUCGACCUCGAAGGCGGCUCCUACAUCGACGACCUCUCCGAAGGCGACUUAUGGUACUUCCCUACCGGUUUCCCCCAUGGUAUUCAGGGAACAGGCAAAGAAGGUGUAGAAUUUCUACUCAUAUUCGAUGAUGGAAACUUUUCCGAGGAUAGCACAUUCUUGCUUACCGAUUACAUUGCACGAACGCCCAAAUCAAUCUUAGCGAAAAACUUUCGCGUGGAUGAGAAAAUCUUUGAUUCGCUUUCCGAAAAGGAGAAAUACAUUUUCCAAGGCACCAUUCCUGGAUCUCUAGAGUCUGAUCGUAAAAGCGUGGGCACACCUUCGAAACACAGAUUUACCCAUCGUAUGCUCGAACAAACACCAAAGAAGUUUCCAGGAGGUGAAGUACGCAUCACAGAUACCUCCAAUUUUCCUAUUUCCAAGACGACAGCAGCGGCUCAUGUCAUUAUCAAUCCUGGUUGUCUGAGGGAAAUGCACUGGCACCCCAACGCCGACGAAUGGUCCUUCUUCCUCCGCGGCCACGCUCGAGUAACCAUCUUCGCCGCCUCAGGUAAUGCACGAACAUUCAACUACCAAGCCGGCGAUGUCGGUAUCGUUCCCAAGAACAACGCCCACUACGUCGAAAACAUCGGCUCCGAGCCCGUAGAAAUGCUGGAAAUGUUCCGCGCGAGCAAAUUUGAAGAUUUCAGUACUGAGCAGUGGUUGGCACAGACACCUGCUACUACUGUAGCCGAGCAUUUGAAUUUGAGCGGUGGGAAUAAGGAGAAGUUCCUCAAGAGUUUGAGUAGGGAUAAGACUGCUGUUAAGGCACCGGUUAGGAAGACAAGGUCGAUGAGUGAUAUGCACAAGGCUUUGGAAGAGUUGCUGUGA